AUGUCUUCAAAAAAUCUAUAUGGGCUUCCAUCCCUCCAAAACGGUAAUCUCACAACUGCAGAACAAAAUGCAAUCACCAUCGAACUAGGCCUCGAUGAAGCCACUCUAGACAAGUACCCAAAACUCAUCUAUGCUCAAGCAAAGCUCCACAAGGACAAGGCCAACUCUACCACAUCAUGUUGCUCAAUAUGCUUGGCUGAUUAUAAAGACACAGACGUGUUGCGGGAUUUACCAGAUUGUGGUCAUCUCUUUCAUCUUGAAUGUGUGGACUCAUGGUUAAAGCUGCAUGCUACAUGUCCGAACGGCGUCGAUCUCGAGAAGUUGACGAAUGCGGAAGAUCCAUUUGGGGAAGAAUUGCAGAGGAGGACUGUGGGGAUGGAAUGUGGGGGAUCAGAAGGCACGAUGGCCGCUCCUCCAUUUACUGCCGCAGAUAUAUAA